AUGACUCUGAAGAGGAAGCGAUCCAUCUCCGAGCUCUCCAGCUCCCCCGUCCGUCCGUCCAGCUCCUGUUUUACCUCGCCCGCCUCCAGCAUCAAUUUCUCCUUUAACUCGUUCGCCGGACCCUCGUCUCCCACGCCCAUGGCAAGGAACCCUGCCCACCUCAAUAGCCGCACCCUCAAACGCUUCCGUGACAGCCGCCCAUCAGAGGAAGAAGUGCAUCCCCAACGACAACAGCAACGAAGUGCCCACCCCUUCGUGACCACAUCGACUUCCUCCUUUCUGGAGGUUACCGUCGGCUCCAACCUCAGUUGCGUCAACUCCCUCGGUGGCCAUGGAUCUGGUGGUUUCGACGACGUGUGA